CAUUUUGAAUUCUGUCCAGUGUUUUAGCCCGUGCUUCACUCACGCUGUUUUCAAAUGAAUAAAACUCUUAAGUGGCAAUAAUGGCGAACGUAGCAGCAUCCGUGGCCGCAGUAGCGGGAAGAGACCCUGCCGUAGAUCGCUCCUUAAGAUCUGUUUUCGUGGGGAAUAUCCCUUAUGAAGCAACAGAAGAGCAGCUGAAGGACAUCUUCUCAGAAGUUGGUCUUGUCGUCAGUUUCAGGUUGGUAUACGACAGAGAAACAGGAAAACCGAAAGGUUAUGGCUUCUGUGAGUACCAGGACCAGGAGACAGCACUCAGUGCCAUGCGCAACCUCAAUGGGCGAGAGUUCAGUGGUCGAGCUCUUCGUGUGGACAAUGCUGCCAGUGAGAAAAACAAAGAAGAGCUCAAGAGUUUGGGGACUGGAGCUCCAAUCAUUGAGUCACCAUACGGAGACAGCUGCCCAACUGAGGAGGCACCAGAGUCCAUUAGCAGAGCUGUGGCUAGCCUGCCACCAGAGCAGAUGUUUGAGCUUAUGAAACAAAUGAAACUGUGUGUUCAGAACAGUCCACAGGAGGCCAGGAACAUGCUCCUGCAGAAUCCACAGCUAGCCUAUGCACUGCUCCAGGCACAGGUUGUUAUGAGGAUCGUAGACCCUGAGAUUGCCUUGAAAAUGCUCCACCGGCAAGCUUCUGUGCAGCCCAUAAAUCCAAACAGCCAGUCAGGGCCUUUGCCAGUGUCUAACCAGCCUCAUGCUCAGCCCAGUGCUCCAGUGUCUCAGCCCCAGGCCAUGCCGGGAAUGCACGUGAAUGGUGCUCCUCAGAUGAUGCCACCUUCUCAGAUGGGAGGUGGAGUGCCAGGGCCAAUGGCAGGACAGGGGCCAAUGCCAGGACAAGGACCUAUGCCAGGACCAGGGCCUUUGGGGCCAGGAGGUGGAAUGCAGCCUCAGAUGGGGAUGCCGCAAGGAGGCCCUGUUCCUAUGGACAGAGGUGCAGGAAGCCUUCAGGACUCUCCUGUAGGAUCAUCUGGGCCGGCUUCUAUCGAGCGGCCACAAGUACCCAUGGUAGACCCACGGGCUCCUAUGCGAGGAGCACCUCCUGGACCUCAGGGGAUUCCACCAAGAGGCCUGCUGGGUGAUGGUCCUAAUGAUCCACGAGGAGGAUCACUAGUAAACGUGGGAGGAGAGGUAGUGGAGCCUCGUGGUUAUUUGGGAGGCCCUCCACCGCACCAGGGCCCACCCAUGCAUAUGGCCCCUCCAGACAUGCGUGGACCCCAUGACAUGAGAGGAGCACCCAUGUUGGGAGAGCCCAGAGGCCCAAUGAUGGAUCAGCGUGGUCCACCCAUGGAUUCUAGAGCCACAAUUCCUCCAGGUCGUGAUCCUCGAGCUGUGGAAACACGGGGUCCUGUGGCAGGCCAGCGGGUUCCUGUAGCGGGUGGAAUGCAGGGUGCUCCUUCUCACGCAAUGCCAUCAAAUGCUCCCCAGUCUGCCAGACCUGGUCCUGCAUCUGAGGUUUCCUCUCAAGAUCAUGAAAAAGCUGCUCUAAUUAUGCAGGUCCUCCAGCUGACUCCAGAACAGAUCGCCAUGCUUCCCCCUGAGCAGAGGCAGAGUAUCCUCAUCCUGAAAGAGCAGAUUCAGAAAACUGCGGGAGCCCCAUGAAAAUUCCAGAAAAGAUUCCAGAAUUUUUCUUUCUUCUCUAGACAAGACAGACUCAUUUUUGUUUGUGGGCAUGAAACAUGACUUGGGACUUAACAGUUUUUUGUUGUAAGCUGUACCUUAACAUUGUGGGUUUUUGUUUUCUCAAGAUCGUUUUCACUGCUAGGAAUUUGUAGUUUCUUCCUCUUGUUUUUAGGACUGAGAUAAGCAUACAGUGUGUAGACCUAUGUUUAUUUUUUCUGUUAGUCAUUGAAGCACGAAGACGUGUUAUUUGGUGAUUACCUGUUGCCUGGUACAGGGUUUUUUUGAAGUGUGAAUGAGAAACUGAAUCGAAUCCCACUGGAACACUGAAAAGUACAUAGCUGGAAUUUGUUAAUUUCAGUAUUGCCAAAGCUACUUUUGCUGUCUGCAUUUUUUUUUUUUUUCUUUCAAUAAAAAAUUUUUUGCAAAUACAA